AUGUCCUCUGCUCAUGAUGCCACCACCAAGAUCUCCAUUGACAAGUUCGACGGCGACAACUACGCGACGUGGACCCGCUACAUGCGUGGCGUGUUCCUGACCAAGUCGGCGUGGCACGUGGUGAACCGGGAGACCACCCCCACCUUCGCCGAUCCUCGCGAUAGUGAUGAGUACGUCAAGACGAACAACAUUGCGUUCGGCUUGAUGCUGCUUCACAUGAGCGCGGACUAUCAUCACAUCGUCGAUGACUGUGAGGAGGCGUGGAUUGCGUGGGCGCGUUUGAAGACGCUGUACGGCGGGUAG